AGUCAACAAAUAUGGCGGCGUUUGGGGGAGGGAGUUGUUGGUAAUUACCGUUAAUGACUCUCCUGUGCUUCCAUAACAGAAGGUACACCAAUUUAAGAAAGAUGGAUGGAUGGUGGCCAGGAUGGAGCUGAAAGUGUGGGUUGAGGGUAUCCAGCGCAUAGUCUGUGGGGUCACAGACACCACCACCUGUCAGGAUGUGGUAUAUGCGCUGGCCCAUGCCACAGGGAAGACUGGACGCUUCACCCUUAUUGAACGCUGGCGUAACAAUGAACGCCUCCUGGCACCUAAUGAGUAUCCACUCAAGAUCUUGAUGAAGUGGGGAGAAUACUCCAAUGAUGUACAGUUCAUCCUGCAGAGGUCAGCCCUUGACCCAAAAGCUCCAAAUGGCCAAGCUGGGCCCCGGCCAGGUGGCCCACAGAGAGUGGACCCUCCAAGUAGGCCUGCAGCUCCUGUAGGCUCUCAUACUGGACCUGAAGGACAGAGGCAGUCCUCCCACACUCACAAAGACCUCAAGAAAUCACUUACUUUUAGUGGAGGUCAUGCAGAGCUAAGACGUCAGGAAGUAGGGGUGCCCCCACAGCCGUUGCCUGGCCCUGCUGUAGUACAUUCUGGGGUGCAUCAAGGUCCUCGCCAUAAUGACCCAGCAUAUUCCUCCUCUCCUGUCGCGCAGUGGGAGGGCCAAGGUCGAGCAGGUGAAGGAAGCCGGGGAGACCAGCAGACUGGUGUACCUAGUUGGCGUCCACCAGCUCCUCCACCUUAUGAGUUGGUGCGCGGUAACCCACCACCCCCACCUCCAGUGUCUAGGGUGGGGGUAGAUAAUGUUAGGGCCACAACUAGUCACUGGACCACUCCACGCCAAGGUCCACAUUCUCCUACAGCAGCACACCACUCCCCUCCCUCUGCUAUCCACCACUCUCCCACAAGGUCUCACCCCUCUGCUAGUGAGUCAGCAUAUACCACUUCCAGGAGAGACCAGAGAGCAGAUUCACAGUCCAUGGUCAGGACAGAACCAGUUUACAGUGAUGGUCGUCGAGGACAGUACCCUGGCUAUCCACUUCAAGGUGCUGGUGUUGGUAUUAACCCAGGACCUCAGUAUGGGCCUCGUGGUCAUGCACCUCCUAGUCAAGUCCCCCCAAUGUAUAAUGGACCACCCCCAAAACCACCACAUCCUGUUGGGCCAAGAGAGCUUCCUCCUUAUCGUCAUCCCCCACCUCCAACUUCAUCCCCUAACAAAGUUGCACCAUCUCAUGGUUCUCCUAGGAAAAUAGGGAGUCCCCCUCAGCCUCCUCAGAUGUCACCUAACAAACAGCAACAACCACCAACUUCUCAUGUGCCACACUUAAUAAACAAAGCUUCAAAUCCACACCAAUCCACCCCCUCCCCUCACUCAUCCCCAGUACGUCACCCGUCUCCUACACGCCACCCUUCACCCUCACGGCAUCCAUCACCCACAAGGGCUGGCUAUCCUGGUAAUGUGCCUACUACAAGUGCAGCAAGUCCCAUCAAUCACAUAAAAGGUGGGAGGCCUGGAAGCCCCAUCAAGAGCGGUAAUCUCAGGCAUGUCAAUAGUGAUGAUUCACCAAAUCGUGCCAAUAUGGAAAAGCCUGAAAAGUCAAGAGCAUCCAGUGAAGAGCCACCAUUCAGACAUGGGGAAAAUAGUACAAGGAUAAAUGAUGGCACCAGAGGGGAUAAUGCCAGAGAAACAGAUCCAUUAAAUAAUAACAUGAAAAUUACAUUGGAUCCAAAAAUAAGCCAGAGAAGAGGAAGCAUGGAUAGACUGGGAGUUGAUGGUGGAAACAACACAGCAGCUCGCCGAGGAGGCAGCGAGGAGCCAGCCACAAAUAAUGAAGGAAACCAAUCUAAUUUGAAUGAGAAAUUGAACACCUCUUUAGAUUCUGCUCUGAGCAACCACAACAGCAAGUCCCCACAUGCUCGCAGAAGCCCAGCUAAGGAGUCUGGUAUCCCAGGCAGUGAUGGAGGCCGAACUAACCACAACAACAAGGUGGAACAAGUGGUGAUGGAUGGCAGGUACCGGGACUUGAUCCGACUCAUCAACCUGCAGCGAGAGAAACUAAAUGUUCAGCAAGUGGAGAUGACAAAGUAUGAAGCAGAGAUUGUAUACUUAGAGGGACGCACAAGGGAGGACGAGUCUCGUCUGGCUUAUGUGACAUCAGAAAUAGAGAGGCAAGAGCAACUGGCAAAGCAGAUUGAUGAAGAGGUGACUCAUCUACAACAACUGGAGCAAGAAGCAGAAAUUGCAAGGCAGGAGGAAGACAAGGUGAAAGCAGAAAUUAGUGCUUUGCAGGCACAGCUGGCACAUACUGAGAACCAGCUGGCUACCCAUGCUGAGUCCGUCAGGUCAGCUCAAGAACUUGAGAAGAGCAUGACAGAGGAGCGGCAGCGUUGCCAGGAGGAGGCUCGAGCACAGCAGGAUGCCAUGGUCCGGGAGAUAGAGAAACUUCAGGCAGCCAUAUCCCAGGCAACUGUACAGGCAGAGCAUGCACAGCAAGCAUCACAACAGCUUGCCCAAGAGAUGGCGGAGUCUGAGAAAAUGAUAUCCGAAAAGAAAAAGGAAGUGGAGAAGCUGGUGAUGGAGAUGAAGGAUGCAAACCUAGAGUCCCUCUCCAUAACACCAUCAGAGGAGAUCCGUACCCUUCUGGAGGGUAAGACAGGUGCACCAAAACAAGGAAGCAGUAGGAGGAUGAUUGGAUCCCCAAGGCAGCUAGAGAAAAUAAAGAACCCUCAUGGGGUAUGGGUGUAAAGGGAACCAAACUUUAUGUUCGUCUCAGUACAUAUCACCCUGUAGUCUUUGCAGGUCUGUUACCACUAGAAUCUCUUCCUGAAUACUGACUUGAUUAAUGAGUUGAAAUUGGUUCCAUCUUUUUAGAUCUGAAAAGAAUCAAGUUCACAGAUUUAAAUUUGAUUGAUGUUAAGUGCUGAACCAUUUCAGUGUGAAUCUCACAUUGUUGCAGGUGGUGCUUGUGUAAUAUACUUUUGAUGGGCCCUCCUUAUGUGUAAAGUGCUACUUACAUUGUUGCAAAGAGAAAAGAGUUGCUUCUCAUUUCCUUUAUCAACUGUCUUUAUAUGAAACAACAAAGGAACCCAUAUUGUGUGUGGCUUUUAGAAUAGGAAAUCAGUAUUUGUAAAGAGCACCCAUUUAUAGAAAAUGCAGAUAUGUAAGGGAAUAAGAAACCAAUUGGAUUUACAAUGUAUGUGCAUGUUGGUAACCCUAUUACUGUCUUUGUGAACAAGUAGCAGUCACGUUCAGCACACACUGUAGUCCAUGCAUUAACCUCCACAAGAACACCUAUUUGAAUGAUCAGUGUGAACAAAAAUGGGACUACCCACGUUCUUCACAUUUUACUAUUAGUGAGAAAUACGCGGAAAAUGAAUGAAAAAGCCAUCAAAAUCUGACUUUAAAAGCCAUAGAAAGUAUUGAAUGUGAGUAUUGGUGCGCUGUCCAUGGAAGAUGAUGUCAGCUGCUGAAGAUGGAAUCUCAUGAUACAGCUGACAAAAACCCAGGCUCUAGUCAUUUUCUCAUCGCACUGCUGGAUCUUAACAGUUACAAAGCUCGCAUCACAUUGGCAUUGGCCCAGCACAGCACCUACUUGGAUAACACGGAUGGGGUCCAGAGUAGCUGCUUGUAGAAACAAGUGUUUUCCUUUUCUUAUUGUGUGCCUUGAGUAAGUAUCCACCAAUGAAAUAGCUAUUUUUGUAUGAGCUAUCAAAUAAUAAUAGGAUCAGUGCUGUUGCUUGGUGACAAUAAUUGUUACAAGUUGGCACAUGGAUGUGAAAUUAUCAGAUCACUGUAACUGCUGGACAGAGCAUGCAAGCCUUCUGGCUGUUUUGAUCCUUGUUAAGAGCUUCUUGUUAGUUGUAGUAGACAGGUUCUUCAUAGGUUAGUCAUGCAUAGCAGCACUUUACCAUGUGGCAGUGUUGUGUGAUAGUUUUUUGUUUUUUUGUUUUUUUUUUAGAGUUGACAAUAUUUGUGUAACUUCAUAAUGCAUUAUUUGAGGAUAGUAUUCUUUAUUAAUACCUACAAAAACAAGACUUGAGUUCUUUGUAAAUCAUGAAAUUCACUAGAUGAUUUAAUAUUGGUCUUCUUUUUCCUUGAGGAGUAGAUUAGUGAUUAACAGAGAUAAUAAAAUAUUUGUCUUUGUGUGAAAUUACCAUUUUAAGUCUUGUGCUGUUUGCAUGAUUUUUUUUAACAGAAAGAGCUCAAAAAGGUUAUUUUUUCUUAAAAGUGUACAGAAAUUUUAUGAAAAGAUCAUUAAUUAGAAAACACAUAGUUUAUUACCAGAUAGUGUAAAAUAUUGAGAUACUUGUACUAAGUGUUUAUUUUUCUCAAACAUGAAACACUAAUUGGAGCCAUGUCUUGCCUCUCCAUUUCUCAGUGUGAGACAGGGAAAGUUGCCUGCCCAAGUAAGCAUGUGCUAUUGACACCUGUCCACACAAACCUGAUGGUCGCUAUGUAGGUCUUUAGACCCUCUCUCAUUCUACAAGUGUGAGAAUAUGUUGUAAGAUAGCAGCAUUAUUAGUUCUUAGUAAUAUGUCUCCUUUUGUAUUUUCAUUGAGUAUUGAAAGGGUUCAUGAUUGAAGCUGUUUGUUAUUUGGAAAAAAGGUUUGGAUUUUUUUUUUUUCCUCCAAGAAAUAAUAGGAGAAACAGAAUAACUUGUAACUCUUGUUGUCUUUUCUUUUCUUUUUAUAUGUUUGGUGACUAGGAAAGAUAAAGGGGUAAUUCUGCAGCAAAUGUGUCUUUAUUGAGUGGAUCUGCCCCUACACACUGCUCCAUUUAAAGAGAAAUGAACAUCUGGAAUGACUCAGUUAAUAUCGGUGUAUAAAGUAAAAUCAAUAUGUGGUGCAGCAUCAAGUAUCCAUAAGUGUUUCUUUUGACAUCCAGCACAUCUAGAGAAACAAUUGCCAAAUCGACAUCUUGAGCAUGCUCUAAGUUAUAGUCAAACUCUCUUCUGUCUGUUGGCAUUAGAAAUGUUGAAGAUCAUAUUAUUUCAGUCCAUAUGACUUGGUGGUGCUUGAUUUUCUUUAAUAAUUUUUUUAAGCACUUUGGCAGCUGUUCAUCUAGGUGUGUCAUUUAUUUAAAAGAAUUAUUUGCAGCAUGUUACAGAUCAUCCAAUAUUGUUUCUGUUUUAGGCUACAUUAUUGUAUUGAAUGUGGUUAUUUUGCUAGCCAUGUCAAAGAAAGUGAAUUAGAAUCUUUAUCAAUGCAUUUAUUAUAUAAUUUAGCCAAAUAUUAUAAGUAGUACAGCUUUGUGUGGUCUGCGGACAAAGGUCUUGUGGUUUGUGGAAAUCAGUUUCAAUUAACCAUUCUCAAUGCUGAUAAUAGUAUUGACAGUAUUGAUAUUACUGUUACCUGAAAUAAAUUUCCUUUUAAUCUUCAUACAAGUAAUGAAGAAAUCUUUAGAAUGCAUGUAAUGGUAAAGUUGGUGUUUGCAGUUAUUUAAUAAUAUUUAAAUUCAAGAUAUGCAAUUAUUGUAAUAUGAAUUCUUAACAUCAUAAUCGUCCAGUCUUGAACACUCAAGUGAACAGGAUUAUGAUGUUUGGAAUUCAUUGGUGCUUGAUCCUUUGGAUAAUUACCAUUGAAAUGCUUACACUGAAGUAUUUGGAACCAAGUUCUUGAGAUCUUCCAAUUCCAUUCAGAAUAGUGUACAUGGUAGAACCAGUCCUUAGGUGAAACCCUUACCACAGUCCCUUUGUAUGCACUAGGUGUUUUUAAGUCUUAGCUUUGUUUAUAUACAUACAUAUCAGUUUUUAAUGUGCUUUUAAAAUAAUUUUUGUUUGACAGCUAUUGUGUUUUGAGUCAAGUCAUAUCGUGUCCAUUAUGUUGACUUGUCACUGGUGUACUUUUCUCUUCCUGUGUCUUCUCAAGGCAUGUAAGAGGAUAAAUUGCCAAGAUGACAAAUUAAUGUUGGACAGAGAAAAUAGGCCAUAGUGUGACAUACCUGCCAAGUAUUAACUAACUGUUUGUAGAAGAGAUUAUUGUUUGCUAAGAACCAGACCAGUUUUUAAUAUGAUAAAGAUUACAAGCCCAUUUUGUAAUAUAGUAUGUAAGUACAUGCACUUGUGCCAUGAAUUUGAAGGUGUUUGUUAAGAUAAAUGUUACUUGGAAGUGGAUCUUUCAGGCUGUCAGCGAGAUAUUUUUUUAGAGUCUGGAUUUUGAUUAGAUCAGGUUUGGCUCAUGUGAUUUUUUCAGCACAGAAAAUUUACUGCUUUGAGAACUUUUAAAAUAAUUUGUUUACCUGAAAAAACACCAAAUACUUUUAUUACUUGUUUAGCAUAUUUCAUCUAACAUUUUGUGACUUCUGUAAUUCUCUUGAUAGUUAAAUCUUGUACUCAUACACAUGUAGACACAAGCUAUGUAUGUUAUCAACCCUGUCUCUUCUUCCAUGCUUUCCUAUAUGGGUGUGAUCUUUUAAUUUUCCAUAUUCUAUAGCAGACAUAGCAAUAUUUGGCAAUUCAAAACCCAGGCUAUAGAAAAAAACAGAGAUGCCAUGAAAAGGCAAUAAUGUACUUAAUGCCAGGUUGAACUUUGUUGUUGCUCAACAUGGUUUAAACCAUAGACUAUGUCUGAAGUCAUCUUUCUGUGAAGAAAUUCUAUGGUAAGUAUACCUGGAAUGUAUGUCACAGACAACUGUUGUCUGUCCUUAGAUGGUGCUAUCUUAAAUCCCCUUUUUUGUCUUCUGGUAGUUUUUCUUUAUCCAAAUGAAAAGCAACAUUGUCUAUGUAGUACUGACAAGUUUUAUUUUCAUUAUUAUAAUUUUUUUUUUUACUUAACUUUACUUUGCUUUACUUUCUAUUUGUAAUGUUGAAAUUCAUAUCAGUGGCACAUUUCACAUUGAUGUGUUUUUAUCAUUUAUACCCAAAACUUAAAAUAAAGUAUAAUCUUCACACUGAGUAACUUUUACAUAUCACUGCAAGGUAUUUUAUGUCAUUAAAGUGCCUCUCCUUGACCAAGUGGUAAGACCUGUUUAUAAGAUGCAUUAUAGUAGUAUAAUGUAAGGAGACUUUUGGAUGAUGUUUGUCUAUUUGUGAUAGGAAGUCUUAAAGAACAUUUUAUGCAGAACCUAGACUGAUUUGGCAUUAUCUUGAAAUAGGUUAGCUGUGUCUGAAAAAGGAUGUGAAUAUUAUUGUUUUUUUCAUAUUGCUUGAACAUAUUUGAGAAAUGUCUUGUUGAUAAAUUCACCUGGAAUAAUGUUAUGAUUAAAGGAACUGUUAAAU